UGCUCUUUUGCUACCAUACUUUCGCACUUGCACCGGUUUUCUGCUUUUUUUCUUCCCAUCAGAACCUUCCCCCCAAGUUAACAUACUUCACCCAGAAAGUUAAGGAAGAUUCCCGUUUUCCUUAUUUUUCUUUUCAUUCGUGGCAUUUUCUGCUUACAAAUACAGAAUUGUUUAUAUCACAUUAUUUCCACUUCCCCAUUAUUGAAAUCUGUAAUUCACAUUUCUCUUUCUACCUACUACCUCCUCUGUCGUCUCGAUUUCUAGGGCUAUUUCCUCGUCAAAACCCCUCUCAUUGCAGAUUAAACUCCGCUUCGCGUGCUGCGAUCGUUCUCUCUGUGUUUUUGGUGCGCAGAAAUCGAAUAAGCAAAUUGAACAUGUUCUUCAGCGGCGAUUCCUCCACUCGUAAGCGCGUUGAUUUAGGUGGCCGCAGCUCGAAGGAACGGGACAGGAAUAAUCUCCUGGAGCAGACGCGGUUGGAGCGGAACCGGCGCAUGUGGUUGCGCCAGCAGAACUCUGCUGCCCUCAGGAUUCAGAAAUGCUUCAGAGGGAGAAAAGUUGUCAGAACAGAACAAUCUAAACUACGAGAGAAAUUCCUUAGUAUCUAUGGCAAAAACUGCCAGAAUUUAGACAGGAAUGCUUAUGCUCCAGGUUCUGAUUUCCUCCGUCAGUUCCUCUAUUUCUUUAAUGCAGAAAAUAUUGAUGAUUUUUUAAUUCUUGUGCAAAUUUGCCGAAUGCUUCAACGGUUUGUUCAAGACAGUGGGGAUGUUGUGAGACUUUUUGCUGGUGUGGAUUACUCAUCCACGUGUGCUUUGGUGAACUACCGAGUGAAGCAAUUUGUAUAUACUUGUAUUUGUGCUGUACAUCAGAAUAGGAAUAAGUUGAAGGAUCAGCUUUUAUUGACUCCAAAGGAUUUUAAUGCAUCAGCUAUUCCUUUAUUGGAAAUCUUAGUAUUGUUGAUAGAUCCCAAACUGCCAUGGAGCUGUAAGACAGUAGUAUCUCUAUCUCAAAACAAUGCAUUUGGUCUACUUAGAGAGAUUAUUCUUACAGGAAAGGAUAAUGCUGAAAAUUGUAUUUACAGUGAAAAGGGAUCAUCAUUGGAGUGUGUGCUUACUGUUGUAAUGUGUCACAUCGGUCAGAAGCCAUGUAUCUGUUCACAUACUGAUCCACUAUAUAGCUUCUCAUCACAGAUUCUUACAAUUCCUUUCUUGUGGCAUGUUUUUCCAAACUUAAAGCAGGUAUUUGCAAAACAGGGCCUGAGCCAACAUUACGUUCAUCAGAUGGCAACAUGGGUGCCAAAUCUGAUUAGUUCUCUACCUAAGGAUAUAUCAGAUGAAUUUCCUACCUAUGCCUGUCUUCUUGGAAAUAUAUUAGAAACUGGUGGAUUUGCUUUGUCUCGACCUGACUGUUCCUUUGAUAUGGCCAUAGACCUUGCUGCUGUUAUUACAUUUUUGCUGGAAUCACACCCAUCUCUAACAAGAUCUGAUGGUAGAGAGAGUUCUUCUAUUGCUGAGGAUGAAAUGACUGGCGAAGAUGAAGUCAUGGAAGUAGCUUUGGAUAGGAAAUUGAAUCAACAAAUUUGCAAUGCCAUAGAUACUCGCUUCCUUUUGCAACUGACAAAUAUAUUAUUUGGAGAUUUUUCAUCUGCCAAUAGUUCAGAUCAUGAGCCAGAUGACAAGGAGGUUGCAGCUGUUGGUGCAGUUUGUGGGUUUUUAUAUGUUAUCUUCAAUACUUUGCCACUCGAAAAGAUUAUGACUGUGCUUGCCUACCGAACUGAACUUGUUCCUAUACUUUGGAAUUUUAUGAAACGGUGCCAUGAGAAUGAAAAAUGGUCAUCUUUGUCUGAACGGUUAUCAUACCUCUCAGGUGAUGCACCUGGUUGGCUGUUGCCUCUUGCUGUAUUCUGUCCUGUCUACAAGCACAUGCUCAUGAUAGUUGAUAAUGAAGAAUAUUAUGAGCAGGAGAAACCGCUAUCACUGAAGGAUAUUAGAAGCCUUAUCAUUCUGUUAAGGCAGGCUCUGUGGCAGCUAAUGUGGGUGAAUCAUACCACGUCUGCUAAUUCAGUAAAAUCUGUUCCAGUUAGCCCAGCUAUUAAAAAGCAGUCGGAAGCGAUUCAACAGAGGGUUAGCAUUGUAGUGUCAGAGCUUCUGUCCCAGCUGCAAGAUUGGAACAACAGACGACAAUUUACAUCCCCUACUGACUUCCAUGCUGAUGGGGUGAAUGACUUCUUUAUCUCACAGGCUGUUAUGGAAAAUACACAAGCAAAUGAAAUUUUGAAGCAGGCUGCUUUCUUGAUACCAUUUACUAGCAGGGUUAAAAUUUUGACUUCUCAACUAGCUGCUGCAAGGCAAAGACAUGGGUCUCAGGCUGUUUAUACUAGAAACCGGUUCAGAAUACGGCGGAAUCAUAUUUUGGAAGAUGCUUAUAAUCAAAUGAGUCAGUUGUCAGAAGAUGACCUUCGAGGAUUGAUUCGUGUGGCUUUUGUCAAUGAAUUGGGAGUUGAAGAGGCUGGAAUAGAUGGAGGUGGAAUAUUCAAAGAUUUCAUGGAGAACAUCACACGUGCUGCCUUUGAUGUGCAGUAUGGAUUAUUUAAGGAAACAGCAGAUUACCUGCUUUAUCCCAAUCCUGGAUCAGGAAUGAUACAUGAACAACAUCUCCAAUUUUUCCAUUUUCUUGGUACUCUUCUUGCAAAGGCUAUGUUUGAAGGGAUUCUGGUUGAUUUACCUUUUGCUACAUUCUUUUUGAGCAAAUUGAAACAAAAGCACAACUAUUUGAAUGACUUGCCUUCCCUGGACCCAGAAUUAUAUCGUCAUCUUAUCUUUCUAAAGCAUUAUGAGCGUGACAUUUCGGAGUUGGAACUAUAUUUUGUUAUAGUAAACAACGAAUAUGGAGAGCAAACAGAAGAGGAGCUGCUUCCAGGGGGAAAGAACCUUCGUGUCACCAAUGAGAAUGUCAUUACUUUUAUCCAUCUUGUAGCCAAUCACCGCUUGAAUUUUCAGAUACGUCAACAAAGUUCUCAUUUCCUGAGAGGAUUUCAGCAACUUAUUCAGAAGGAUUGGAUUGAUAUGUUUAAUGAGCAUGAACUUCAGCUUCUGAUAUCAGGUUCACUUGACAGCUUGGAUGUUGAUGAUUUGCGGCAGCAUACAAACUAUGCAGGAGGUUAUCAUAGUGACCAUCAUGUUAUUGAGAUGUUCUGGGAAGUUCUCAAAGGCUUUUCAUUAGAAAACAAGAAGAAAUUUUUGAAGUUUGUGACAGGUUGCUCGCGGGGACCAUUGCUUGGAUUCCAAUAUCUUGAACCUUUGUUUUGCAUCCAAAGGGCUGGUAGUAAUGAUCCAGACGAAGCUCUUGAUCGAUUACCUACAUCAGCUACUUGCAUGAACUUACUAAAGCUUCCACCUUAUAAAAGUAAAGAGCAGCUGGAAACCAAAUUACUCUAUGCCAUAAACGCUGAUGCUGGCUUUGAUUUGAGUUAAAAGGAGGUGCAAUUUACCGCAUGGUUUUGUUUCCAUAGCAGUAGAGGAUUACUCACUUGUAGACAAGCGUCAGAGUCAGCGGCACAAAGAACAAAAAUAUCCAAUGUAAUGAGAAGUGGGGGUGGGGAUGGGGAUAGAAAUGUCAUGUACAUAAUAUAUUCGUUUUUAUCUUGUCUGUCAGUUUGUCUUUAAAUGUAUAUAUACCUAAAAUAUGAUCUUUUACAAUUCACUUUUUUGCAUAAUUGGUAAUAUUAAAUUUGUAAUUUGUAUAGGAGUUAAAAUAUUCAGGAACUAAUAAUGUUUUAAUCCCUAUUUAACUGACACUCGUCCACUUGACGACCAUGACAAUGCUU